CUAGUGAAACAAAAAAAUUGUGAUCGUAUUAAAUGAGAAUAAAUAUGAGGAUAGAAGUGGGUUUUUUCAAUUUUCAAAUAGCCUUAUUUCCAUAUUCCUCUUUGUGCUAUUGCUUCUCUCCUAUCUCGAGUGAUCUGAAGGUUCUCCCAGUUGAAAACCUUUUUGAUGACGUCGAGGUAAUUUCGAACCAUUAAUAUGGUCGCAUAUCUCUCAAUAAUUUUCCUUAUCUCAUCAAGGUGAACGAAUUUUUUUGUAGUGUUUAAUUUCUAUCGACUCCGUAGUCUAGACAUUAUCUGUGAAUAUUAUUUAUGAGUCUUUCUAAUUUUUGUGUGGUACUUUGAUAAGGAGAUAACAUAUAAGCGAUCAUUUUUCAAUUUGUUGGCUCUCAACUAAAUGAAAAAUCAACUAACUUUCUUCUUCAAAUACACAUAUGGAGGUUCAAUUUAGUGUUAUUUUUGUCCAAGGUAGUAGGUAGUGUGUCGCGGUCUGUUACGGUUUACUGCGGUAGACCGCGGUCCAGACCACUUCAGACCACGCACUAAAGGAGGAGACCGCAAACCAGACCAGACCAUAGUUAUGUUCUCACGGUCCAGACCAAACCAUACGAUACGGUCUAGACCGCGGUUUCCCAUACGGUUUGGUCUGGAUUCCCAGCCCUAGCCUGGACGUGGAAUUUCCGAAUUUGCCCCGACUGCAACUGGCGAAAGAAGAAAGACGCCAGCAAAUUGUCAACGGACUCGAUUGUGGGCUUGCUUGUUUUUACUGGGCUAAGCAUGAGUUUCAUUAUGGGCUGAACUGCUGGACCUGGCUGUCGCAAAUGGGGAUACGCCAAAUCUACUUUUUGGGCCUCUUCUAAUGAAAUUCGUCGUUAGACUUCGCUUUCUUGAUCUCUUCGAUCGGAAAUUGAGAUUUGAGAAGGCGGAAGAUCGGUUGUUGUCGGACGUUCGAUUCUGAAACCAAAUUUUCCUCUUUCGCGCUUUAGGGUUUUGAAUUAGUGCAGUCGGCAGAAAUGAUCAUACAAGGUACUCGUGUGCCGUUGAAGCGGUGGCAGCAGGCGGCGGUUGCGGUUGGAUCGGCGGUGGGUGCACUGCUUGACCCGCGGAGAGCGGAUUUGAUCGGAGCACUCGGUGAAACCACGGGGAAGCCUGCUUUCGAAAGAGUUCUUGAGAGGAUGAAGCGAAGCCCAGAAGGCAGAGAAGUGCUAUCAGAGAGACCACGUGUAGUAUCAUCACAAGUAGGGCACGCAUGGGACCUUCCGGAGAACACAUUUGGCGCAGCCUACGCAAGAUUCAUGGGAUCAAGAAACUUCUCGCCUGACGAUCGUCCGCCAGUGAGGUUCAUGGAGACCGAUGAACUUGCGUACGUGGCAACACGGGCUCGAGAGGUGCACGACUUCUGGCACACCCUUUUUGGUCUGCACACAAACUUGAUUGGCGAAUCAGCGCUGAAGGUGAUAGAGUUCCAUCAGAUGUACCUGCCAAUGUGCCUGAUGUCUGUCCUGGGGGGCACAGUGAGGUUCAACGAGAAACAGAGGAAACUGUUCUUCCAGCACUACUUUCCUUGGGCUAACACUGCUGGAAUGAAGUGCACAGAUCUCAUGUGCGUAUACUACGAGAAGCACUUAGACGAAGACUUGGAGGAUGUGAGAAGAAAAUGGGGGAUAAUUCCUGCUCCUGCUGCCCCCUAAUUGGAAAAGCUUCAGAUGUUUGCUUUUGCCAAGUUUGAGGGAGCAUGAUGAGAAUUGAAUAGAGGUUGUGAUUUUUUUUUUUUUUUUGUAUGUAGCGAGGGAUACAAAUCACCAUAGAAGAGGAAAAGUUGUUGACUUCAUUGCUUGCUGGGUUCAGCUUAUGUCUAUGAUGGAAAUCGUAAGUUUGUAAUUGAAGUCCUCAAAGUGUACGGAAAUAAAUGUGCUUACACAAAUACGGUUACGGAUAGAAAUUAUCAUUUUCAUCUUUACUAUUUUCAGUUCAUCAUCUUCAAGCUUUGCGUUACUCGCGACAGCAUGACUUCUGCAGGGUGAAGUAUUUUCUUGUUUUACAUCCUCUCUCAUUAAAACACAUCUACUGAAGUGCAAGUGAAUAAGAUCGAGGAUUCGUG